GGGCCUGUUGUCAUGGGGGAGGUGGUGGCGCUAGGUGGCUACUGGCGGCCGAGGUAGAGGCAUCGGCGGUGGAGUUGGUCGCGGGCAGCGGCAGCAUUCACAAUUGAAGUUGGAUGGUGAAUGGGUCUGAAACCUUUGAAAAGGUUCUGGGGCUGACAUGCUGAAUCUUGGAGGGAAAGAGAAAAGCAUCUUCAGAUAUAAUAAAAAUGAGGAAACUGAGGCUUGGUGAAGUUACCAAAGUUGCCCAAAGUCCAAAGUGAUACAGCUUCUGACGGGUGCAGCAAAGGUGCAGAGCCAGAUUGUGAAAAUUAAAAUGAACAAACUACGUCAAAGUUUUAGGAGAAAGAAAGAUGUUUAUGUUCCGGAGGCCAGUCGCCCACAUCAGUGGCAGACAGAUGAAGAAGGGGUUCGCACCGGAAAGUGUAGCUUCCCAGUUAAGUACCUUGGCCAUGUUGAAGUUGAUGAGUCAAGAGGAAUGCACAUCUGUGAAGAAGCUGUAAAAAGAUUGAAAACUGAAAGGAAGUUCUUCAAAGGCUUCUUUGGAAAAACUGGAAAGAAAGCAGUGAAGGCAGUGCUGUGGGUAUCUGCGGACGGACUACGCGUCGUGGAUGAGAAAACUAAGGACCUCAUAGUUGACCAGACGAUAGAGAAAGUCUCUUUCUGUGCCCCAGAUAGGAACUUUGACCGAGCCUUCUCUUACAUAUGUCGUGACGGCACCACCCGACGCUGGAUCUGCCACUGUUUCAUGGCUGUCAAAGACACGGGUGAGAGACUGAGCCAUGCAGUAGGCUGUGCUUUUGCAGCCUGCCUAGAGCGUAAGCAGAAGCGGGAGAAAGAGUGCGGGGUGACUGCUACUUUUGAUGCCAGUCGGACGACUUUCACAAGAGAAGGGUCAUUCCGUGUCACGACUGCCACCGAGCAAGCAGAAAGAGAGGAGAUCAUGAAACAGAUGCAGGAAGCCAAGAAAGCUGAAACAGAUAAGCCAGCUGCUGGCGCGUCGCAGGCCUCCAGCAGUGCUGCCCCGGCCCCCGCCUCCCCCACUUCUCCCACUGCGGACGCCACUGCCGCCUCGGAGAUGAACAACCCUCACGCCAUUCCUCGCCGCCACGCACCGAUUGAACAGCUCGCCCGCCAGGGCUCUUUCCGAGGAUUUCCUGCCCUCAGCCAGAAGAUGUCACCCUUUAAGCGCCAACUGUCCCUACGCAUCAACGAGCUCCCUUCCACCAUGCAGAGGAAGACCGACUUCCCCAUUAAAAAUGCAGUGCCAGAGGUGGAAGGAGAAGCAGAGAGUAUCAGUGCGCUGUGCUCCCAGAUCACCAGCGCCUUCAGCACACCCUCUGAGGACCCCUUUUCAUCCGCCCCGAUGACCAAGCCAGUGACAGUGGUGCCACCACAGUCUCCUGCCUUCCAAGCUAAUGGCACUGCCUCAGCCUUCCACGUGCUUGCUGCUAAGCCAGCCCAUGCUGCUCUAGCACCCGUAGCAGUGCCUGUGCGUGAGACCAACCCUUGGGCCCAGGCCCCUGAUGCUGCUAACAAGAAAGCUGCAGCCACACAUUCGGGCACUGAGUGGGGCCUGUCCUCUCCAGACCUCCAGACUGGCCAUAGACGCACUCCCUCAGAGGCUGACCGCUGGCUAGAAGAAGUGUCCAAGAGCGUCCGGGCCCCGCAGCCCCAGGCCUCUGCUGCCCCUCUGCAGCCGGUCCUGCAGCCACCGCCUCCUGCGGCUGUCUCCCAGGCGGUGCCACCUUUCCAAGGGAGUGUGUUCCUUGCCUCACAGCCCGUGCCUGUGGGCGUGGUCCCACCUCUGCAGCCAGCCUUUGUCCCUGCCCAGUCCUACCCUGUGGCCAAUGGGAUGCCUUACCCGGCCCCUAAUGUGCCUGUGGUGGGCAUCACCCCCUCGCAGAUGGUCGCCAAUGUGUUUGGCACUGCAGGCCACUCUCAGGUCACUCUCCCCCACCCAUCACCCAGCCUUGUCCACCAGCAGCCCUCCCCUCAGUGUGAGACAGUCAGUGCUGCUGCCCAGCCCUUCCUGAGGCCUCCAGCCCCACACCUCAACGGGUCUGCGGCCUUCAAUGGUGUGGCCGACCGCAGGCUGGCCUCAGGAGACCGGCGUCCAGAGCUGCCUGCAGGUGCCUGCCCGGUAGACGCCUUCGAGGCCCAGUGGGCAGCCUUGGAAAGCAAAUCCAAGCAGCGUGCGAACCCCUCCCCUACCAACCCCUUCUCCAGUGACCUGCAGAAGACGUUUGAAAUUGAACUUUAAGCAAUCUCUCUAGCUUAUGUGUCUUGUCUGUACUUAGGUGAAGGCAGGGGGUGGAGGUCAAAGGUGACUUUGUCUUCCCGCUCAGUACACUUUCCACUAGUCCCAGAGGUCCCAAGGAACAAGGCCAGGCAGAGUGCUUUCAUGGGGUGACUUUUGAAACAAGGGGGGGCAAGCUGUUCCUAGCAAAUGCUGUCUUACAGCCACGCCAAGAAGUCAGAAAAUAUUGCCCACGCGCCCCGUCCCCUCUCACCCUCGGACAGAUGUCUGGCAGCAGAGACAGAAGUGUCGGAACAGGAAUCUAUUCAAAGCACAUUUACUGGAAUAUAAAAGGCACUGGGAGCAGAACUCCCUUUAUCCUGAGGCCAUUCACUGGCUCCUCCAGGACCGGCCUUCACACUGGAGAGGCCAGAGCUCAGGCUGGGCGCAGCCAGCAGGGCUGCUUCCAGGCGUAAAGGGGAGCUUCCAUUUUGAGUAACAGAAUAAAUAUAUAUAUAUAUAUAUAUAUACAUAUAUAUAUAUCAAAAGCCAAAAUCUUUAUUUUUAUGCAUUUAGAAUAUUUUAAAUAGUUCUCAAUAUUAAAAAGUUGUAAGUAAUCUUGCCAAAAAAAAAGGUUAUUUGUAAGAAAUUGUAAAUAAGAUUGAUCAUUGAUGCCUACUGAAGUAAAACGGGGCAGGCGCUGCGGCGCAGUCCCUGGCUCGCUCACUGUCCUCCUGGGUAGCGCAUGCACCAGCAAUCGUGCUGAUGACAGACAGUCUCUAGGUCGUAGUUUUAAAUUUAAAAAUGAAAGCAGUAUUGUCCAGGUUUUAAACCUUUGAUGAAAUUCUAAUGUCAUUUUAACGGAAUCAAUCUAUGCUCUAUAGAGACUAUUAUCUUUUCUAUAUCAUUGGAAUCUCCUUUUAAUCCUUUAACACUAAGGUGACAGUGACAUCUCCACAGGGUGGAACGCAGGUUACCCUGUGGCUCUGUAGUUGGCUCCUGUCCUCUGUGCCGUUCCCACGGUCUGCAGAUCGCGGACCCGUUUGCUAGCUGUGUGUGCGCCCGCCACCCUCUGGGUGAGAAGUCCCAUUGCCAGUUGCAGCCACUUGACCUCGGGUUACAGGAGAUCCCAUCUCAUUUUUACUUUUGAACGUUGGCCUUACAAUCAAAUGUAAGUUAUAUAUAUAUAUAUAUAUAUUUGUACUGAUGAGAAUUUAUAAUCUGCUUUAACAAAAAUAAAUGUUCAUGCUAGA